CAACACUUUGAAUUACUAAGGAAUAUUCCUAUAGCAACUGGUUGCUAGGGGAAACGAGACACUAGCAUUAUCCUCUUGUUGUGAGACUGAGAGGGAGGAUUGGAGAAGUGCACGAGGAGGGGUGGGAAGCAGAGAAGACGGAGCAUGGUUGAAAUUCCACCAAAUGGAUAAGAAGAGGCAGACAAAGUUUGACACAUUUAUGUUUUCAGUGGUUGACCGACACGAAUGAACGAGUAAACCUUGUUUUAGCCUAGUGAAGUAUCACAAAUUAAUACCUCAGUAUUAAUUAUCCACUGCACGGAAUCUCCAUGAGGGCACAAGUCUGCAUGACGAUUUUCGCGUAAAGAGAGGCAGCGCGGGAGAGCUGACUUGUCGCCUGGCAGGACGAGGAUAUGGGCGACGCCAUCCGGCCCUACGUGGUGCACCGCUGCCGCCAGAGCAUUGCCUUCUCCCUGCAGACGGCAUGGCUGCUCGGCGCCUACUCCUCCGACAUGCACAUCUCUACCCAGCGCCACUCGCGCGGCACCAAGCUGCGCAAGCUAAUCCUCUCAGACGAACUAAAGCCCCACUCAGCUUCUAAAGGUGUGGGUCCCGCCGGUGCUGCGGACGCCAGCCCUGGGCUGCGGGACGUUGCCCACAUUCGACACCACCAGCGGCACACCGUGGAGCCGCCCCCGGCCCCCGACAGCCAAAUCAUCCCUGCCGAUGCCUACCUCUCGCCUUCCAAGCGGACACAUCAGCGAUCCAAGUCGGACGCCACGCAUUGCACAAGCCUGGGGAGUAGCCUCAGGAGAACAGCCAGCAACCCCAAGGUGGAAAGUGGCUACGAUGAGCCGUUGCGCCUGACGCUGCAGAGGGAGUUCAUCAAGUCUCUGAUGGGCAUCGGAAAGCGGCUGGCCACGCUGCCCACCAAGGAGCAGAAGACCUGGCAGCUCAUCUCAGAGCUGUCACAGCUCAACCACAAGCUGCCAGCCCGCGUCUGGCUGCCCACUGCAGCCUUCGACCACCACGUGGUGCGCAUUCCCCACACACAGGCCGUGGUGCUCAACUCCAAAGAUAAGGCCCCGUACAUCAUCUACGUGGAGGUGCUGGAGUGCGAGAGGUUCGAGACGUCCGGCAUUCCCCUGCGCAUCCCGGAGACAUGCAUCCGCAGCGCCAGCUCUGUGGACAACCUCCUCCCGGAGUGCGUUGGCAUCACAGCCGAGCAGCGCGCCGGCAGUUUCUCCACCGUGCCCAACUACGACAACGACGACGAGGCCUGGGCCGUGGAUGACAUCGGCAAGUUGGAAGUGGAGCUCCCAGAAGGCCACACCAGUAGCAGUGACAACAUCUCCCAGUUCUCUGUGGACAGCAUCACCAGCACGGAGAGCAAGGAGCCUGUCUUCAUCGCCGCUGGCGACAUCAGGCGACGUCUAUCAGAGAACCUGGCCCACACCCCCACAACGUUCCGGAAAGAUCCGGAGGACCCGUCCGCUGUGGCGCUCAAGGAGCCCUGGCAGGAGAAAGUCAGGCGGAUAAGGGAGGGCUCCCCUUACGGUCACCUGCCAAACUGGCGGCUGCUGUCGGUCAUCGUGAAGUGUGGGGACGACCUGAGGCAAGAGCUACUGGCCUUCCAGGUGCUCAGCCAGCUACAGUCCAUCUGGGAGCAGGAGCACGUCCCCCUGUGGAUCAAGCCCUAUAAGAUCCUGGUGAUGUCAUCGGACAGCGGGAUGAUCGAGCCCGUGCUGAACGCUGUCUCUCUGCACCAGGUGAGGAAGCAGAGCCAGCUGUCUCUGCUGGACUACUUCCUGCAGGAGCACGGCAGCUACACCACCGAGGCCUUCCUCACCGCCCAGUGCAACUUUGUGGAGAGCUGCGCCGGCUACAGUCUCAUCUGCUACCUGCUGCAGGUUAAAGACAGACACAAUGGAAACAUCCUCCUGGACUCGGAGGGCCACAUAAUCCACAUUGACUUUGGCUUCAUCCUGUCCAGCUCGCCCAGGAACCUGGGCUUUGAGACCUCCGCUUUUAAGCUCACCAGCGAAUUUGUGGAUGUGAUGGGAGGCCUGGAUGGAGACAUGUUCAACUACUACAAGAUGCUGAUGCUCCAGGGCCUGAUAGCUGCUCGCAAACACAUGGAGAAGGUGGUCCAAAUAGUGGAGAUCAUGCAGCAAGGCUCUCACCUACCCUGCUUCCAUGGCUCCAGCACCAUCCGCUACCUGAAGGAACGUUUCCACAUGAGCCUGACGGAGGAGCAGCUACAGGUGCUGGUGGAGCAGAUGGUGGAUGGCUCCAUGCGCUCCAUCACCACCAAGCUUUACGACGGCUUCCAGUACUUCACCAACGGCAUCAUGUGAACAGUUCGACACCAAACUCUACUACAUGGGACAACCACAUGGGAGAGCAAGCAAACAUACAUAUAAAGAUGGUGGUGAACAUGUGCAUAUGGACUCACGCAUGUGUGCUUGCCAUAGCAGCACAUUUAGGAAAAUGGACUUGUGUAUAGACUAGUGCUACAGGACCUGUUUGCAAACUCGGUAUGUUCUUUGUCUUAGACGGACCACUGUUUACCCCCUCCUUGUUUUGGCCUUGUGGAGGGGGAGUCCGCACCUCCUCUCCCUCUUGUCCUCCUAUCCAUAGGACAUUUACCGCAUUGACUGUUCUAAAACGAGGCAUAACGCACAGUUCAAAUCACACACGAAAAGGAUAAGUAUCAAUAUCGGAGAAGGUACUUCAUUGAAAAGGGGGAGGGGCAAUGUGGUAGUGGUCUAUAUUCAGAGGAGCCAAGAAGACUUUUCUCAGAAUGGAUGAAAAAUGAAUAACUGUAGAUCAAUUGUGCAAGAGCAUCACAAAGCAGUACAUAUAGAAUAUAUGUACUUAUUUUUGUUCUUAGAGCAAAAUUGACUUUGAGAAGUUGAGAAACCACUAUGUAACGACAACGAAAGCACAAGACAUAUCAAUUGCUGAGGUUUUCUAAUGGACAUUUUCUUUGUUCUCUGAAAGUUCUGUGGUUAUCAAGAAUGAGCCAACCCGAAGAGAGGGGAAAAAGGACUAUAACAACCAUUGGUGUAUGAGUGUUAUCUGUCUGGAAAACAACUCCUUAAUCCAAGGUUUUUAUGUGUUUUGAACGAUGUUUAAACUUGAACUGGAAAAUUGAACUAGGACCAACUAAUCUCUUAUUAGGGGUCCAAGCAUGCAGCAAAGCUGCUGGUUGUAUGUGUUUUUGUUCCCAUCCUUAAUAGCAGGUGCAGUUUCAUUUCAAUCUGGGUUUUGGACAACUGGGGCUCAUUCAGUAGAGCACAUCUGUAACGCACUUAGUGUUAUAGAUAGAAAUGCAAUGAAUAGAAAAGAGACUGUUCUCUAUCGUCACAGUUCAAUUCUCUAGGGACUCUUGUCCUUACUGAAUAAGCACCAUGCAACAGUCUGUCUAGUAUGUGAAACCAUCAGGAAAGGGCAGGACAUUUUACCAUUUGAAUAUGCCGACUGUGUCAUACCAACAUGCAUCAUGUAGAUAUUUUCUAGUUUCACUCUGUAAACCACCAUACUUGAAGGAACAUUAAUGUAGUAAUGAGCCUCAUGCACUUGAUGACAGUUAUGUUGAACCAAAAUGGCUACCUGUGGUUAAAUUUACAAAACCAUUACAAUGGAUUUAUGCAAAAACUCAACAUUGCUGUUCCACUAAUGUUAGUCUUUAAUCUCUAACGAAAUGUGUAUAUUAACACAUUAUUAUUGUAUGUUAUGUUAACUUAGGUUGCAUAUUUAAAGAAUGCUCAAACGUUCCUCUGGUUGGCUCUCGGAUGCAUUCCUGUGAAUAACUCGGGCCAAUCCAGAGAGAGGGUUGUCCUUGAGCAGAUUAUGUAAAUAAUGGGAGUGUUUCUCUCAUUCCUCUGUCUGUUGGACUGUUUUAUUUCUCCUUGUUUUGAACAGUAUGAGCUCGCUAUCACAAGUCAACUUCCUUGAUUUAUGUGAAUUUUUAAAAUAUUACUUCUUUUUUUUGCAGUCUCAAACACAAGCAUGUAUUCAGUAUUGAAGAGAGCGGUUUCAAGAGCUACAUGCUUGGAUAACUUAUUAUCUGCUCAUGUCUUAUGUUUGAAAGCUAAGUCGUUGGUGGGGGGCUUUUGUGUGUAGAAAAACGGACAACUUGUCUCUCCAAAAUGCAGUCAUUCCUGUGAGCAAACAGAUGCCUUGAUGUACGGGAGGUACAACUUUUAUCAAUGCAACAGUUGGGACAAGGGUGUACAGGUCAUGUACCCAGGAAGUGCUUUUAUCAGUUUAACACUCCUGCUUACUUUUCUCUAAAUACUACUUCAUUGCCUUUCCCUUCAUUCAUUCCAACCCAAACAUUAUUCUGUAAGAUUAUAUAAAUAACUAAAGUGCAUUUAUCUUUGCUGGAGCGGGUUCUGUCAGUCAAACCUGGGUGUUGAUUUUGAUGUCUCCCCAUUCAGAACCAUGGAGAAGCAGAAUUUUUGUCUUCGUCCAGUGUCACACCAGAUAAAUGCUUGUCCAUUCAGAUGGCCCUGAGGCCAAGGGGUAUAUUCAGUGCAGAACAAUGUUCAGACUGCUCCAGAUAGAAAUGUAUUGUAUAGAUCACACUUGUUUCAAAUCGAAAGUGAUGUCUGCUCUAUAUGUAUGAUUUUUGCCUUCAAAGUUCUGAACAUUGUGCCUUCCUGAAAGAGACAUGGUUUUAGACGGAAUUGGUUCACACCAAGCAAAGCAUUUAUUCCAGUAAAUUAACUAUGGUUGAUAUGGAGUGCCUUGACCUUGAUACUAAAGACAUUUAGAAUGUACAGGGGAAGAAAUAUUGUCCACUUUACAUUGUAUCAAAACACUAACACUUAAGAAGCGUUCUAAUUCUGUUUCACUUUUCAUUCACGUGGUACAGAGACUGACCUUUUAUCAUGUCGAGACUAAAUGCAUGACUCAUUCAAUAAAUCGGAAAUUGUUUA